AUGGAAAAAUAUGCACCACCACCAGUGCCUGACAAGUUACCCAGAUGGUAUAAACCUAAUGAACAUUGUGCUUUCCACUCUGAUGUGUUAGGGCAUGACACCGAAAAUUUCUUCGUAUUUAAAGGAAAAGUCCAAGAGCUUAUGAGAUUGGGGUUGAUCAAGUUUGGUGACACGCCAAAUGUGGCAACCAACCCGUUUCCUGAGCAUGGGGUGGUAAAUGUGAUUACUGAAGAUGAGAAUUUGAUUAUGGAUGUCCUAAAAGUGAAGACUCCGUUGGUGCCUGUGCACCUUAAGUUGUUCAAAGUUGGUAUUCUAGAGCAAGAUCAUAAGAAGUGCUCAAUUUGUUUGAGGGACUCUAAAGGUUGCUUCGAUGUACAAAAAGAUAUACAGAUGCUGAUUUCCCUCAGUAUGUUACAGGUUUGCGGAAAGAAGAAGAACGGUGAAGUAUUUGUCAUAGUGCCUCUCUUUAGAAAGCCCAAAUAUUUUGAGAUCUUUUGUCCGUCCAGAGAAGGUACAUCUCCCGCCAGCUCUACUAAGCGUUUGGACAUCAAGAUGCUGUCUCCUUUUCCCUACAAGUCUGAUAAAGUUAUGCCGUGGGAAUAUGCACCUACUACCACUGUGAAUGGUGUGGAGCAACCAUUGGUUUAUAACAAAGUUGUCACUAAUAUUGCCGAUGCAAGUGGUCUCACGAGAAGCGGAAGGGUUUUCACUCCUGUUGGUCUUAGAAGUAGGAAGCCCGACAAUGGUAAGGCUCUGUUGGUCAUCCCUGAGAGAAGACAUGUACCAGACGUAGAUGCUGAAGAAUUUUUGCGCCCAAUUAGGAAGAGUGAUUAUAAGGUGGUGGGUCAGCUUCUUCAAACCCAGUCAAAGAUAUUUGUUUUAUCUUUGCUCUUAAACUCUAAAGCACAUCACAAGGCCCUGUUGAAAGUAUUGGGGCAAGCCUACGUAAAUCCAGAUGUCAUGGUUGAUCACUUCGACCAUGUAGUUGGGAACAUCACAUCUUGCAAUAAACUUAGCUUUUUUGACAAUGAGUUGCCCGCCAAGGGUAAAAAUCACAAUAAUGCACUCUACAUAUCCAUGGGUUGUGAAAAGGACUCUCUGUCACAUGUUUUGGUUGAUAUCGGCUCUUCUUUGAAUGUAAUUUCGAACAUUACCUUCGCCAAAUUGUCCUAUAUUGAAGCCGACAUCAAACCGAGCGAUGUUGUUGUCAAGGCCUUUGAUGGUUCUAGAAGGGAUGUAAUGGGUGAAAUUGUCUUGCCAAUGAUGGUGGGUCUGCAACAAUAUCAAAUCCUCUUCCAGGUGAUGGACAUUAACCCCGGUUAUAGCAGUCUGCUUGGGAGACCGUGGAUUCAUGACGCAGGAGCCGUCACAUCCACACUGCAUCGGAAAUUGAAAUUCGUCUGA